AAACUUCUCACUUUAUGAGGCAGAUUGUCCCAUACAGGCGGGAGAUUUGGAAACAACUCUUUCUGUUUGACUACUCCAUGUGUUAAUGACAGAAAUACACAAAUUCUUCAAGACAGCUCGGCCGGUGACAGAUCGAUUUAAUGGGAGUCAGCGGGCAAAUGGACCCGUUAGACUUUCUAACGAAUGAACAGUUGCUGUUCUUUCUCCACCGGAAAAAGACGGAGAUUUCGUGUAUAGAACAACCGCACAGACUCCUCACUCAGCUGCGCGACCACGACCUGGUGCCGGAGAAACUUUUCGAGAAUGUGAAAAAGAUGCGUACUCGUGAGCAGAAGGAGAAGGGCGUCUAUGAGGUUCUGGACUGGCUGGAAAAAAAAAAACCUCAGCGUGUACAACAGUUUUGGCGCUGUGUGUUUGAAGAUCAUAUCCUGCAGCUGUACCCGACACUACGCAUGCUCAGAAACAGUCUCCUGAAUGGCACUUUCGAAUUCUGUGACAAACCUCCGGAUGUUGAGACACCGACGGAGGAGGAAGAAAGUGAAGGAAAGGCAGAGAAAGGGAAGGGGAAGAACAAAAGAAAGCGAAGUAAAGAUGAUAGAAGCAGUGAGGAUAGUGAUGAUCCUGGUACUUCCUCUGCUUCCACACCCAGUCGGAAGAAACCAGCUAAAAAACCCUCAUUCUCAUCUCCUCUGAAGAAAGGAGACGAGCAGGAGGUUUGGACGUGGCCUAUUUAUAAAACUCAGCUUCCUGUAACCUGUGGGAAAAAAGAAGGCACUCUCUAUCGGGACAAACUGCCCGCAGGGGAGAGGUGUAUUUUGUCCAGUGGACGCUGGUUCACCCCAGCUGAUUUUGAGAAGUUUGGGGGGAAGGAAAGGUGCAAAAACUGGAAAUCCAGCAUCCGCUGUAGAAACACACCACUUAAGAAACUCAUAGAAGAGGGGCAUCUUCAGUGUCCACCAAUGGAGAGAAAAAAGAGAACAUGUGUCCAAAAAAACAUGAAUAAGCAGUUUCCUGUUAGCUCAUCUGAGACCUCCAGUGAAGACUUAGAAACAAGCUCUGGUUCGGUGGAGGAAAGUGAUGCUGAAGAUUUCCAGGAGCAGGGAGGGAGAGGAAGAGGAACAGAGUUUAGAGGGAGAGUUGAGGAAGAAGAGGAGGAAGAGGAAGACAUGGCAGAUCUGUCUGUUUUCCAGACUCCCUCUUUACCAGUCACCUGUGUUUCACUUACUGGGACUCUGUAUAAAUACAGGUUUGCGUCAGGGAGUCGUGGGAAGUGCAUACGUACAGAGGAAAGAUGGUUCACUCCGGAGGAGUUUGUAAAGCAGGAACAGACUCUCACUAAUGGACACUGGAAGAAAGAUAUACUGUGCCACGGAAAAACGCUCAACUUUUUAGACAAAAAACAAAUCCUGCGCAUUCAUUCCCUUUUGUGUGAAUGUCGAAAAUGCAGUACUCAAGAGAAAGACGUGAUGGCCCAGAACAAUGAUGACGAGUGUUACGUGUGUCGCUCUGUCGGAGAUCUUGUGUGUUGUGACGAGUGUCCACGAGCUUUUCAUUCACACUGUCACCUACCAGUCGUAUAUGGAGACUCACCAGGGGAAUGGAUUUGUACCUUUUGCGUGUUAAGAAACAGUCAACAAUGGCGUGACUCAACUAACAUGUCUGAACAAGAGGCUUCUGAUGCCCCAGUGUCUCAAUACAUAUUGCACUGCCACUACCUACUGUUAUGUGUGUACAGAGAGGACAUCCAGAAGGUGUUUGUUGAGGAUCCAUGCAGAACGGUGCCCAGAUACUCUGAGUUCAUAACUCAGCCAAUGUGGCUGGACAGAAUAAAGCAGAAGUUGGAAAGUGGAGAGUAUCAGACGGUAGGAGCGUUCGUCUCUGACUUUCAGCUUAUUUUCAGCAACUGCAGCACGUUCAAUAGGGACAAUGAGUUUGGACGAAUGGGUGCCAGGCUGAAGGAAAUGUUUGAGGAAGAGUUCCAGAAAAUCUUCAGUAUCAGUACACAAUAUUAUGCACGCCCACCCCCUCGUGCUUCACCUCCGUACAUACAUUCGGACGAUUAUUCAGAAUUCUCCGCUGUAUCCGAGGAAAUUGAGAGGAUGGAUGGUGAAUUAUUCACAGAUUCAGCGAAGGAUUGGAGCAGCUCAUCAGAAUCUGACUGGAUGAGUGAGACGGGAAAGAGGAAAGAAAAACAAGGGGUAAAAAGAAAGAAGAAUCAACAAAAUGGUAACAAGAAGAAAACAGCCAGAACUCAAAACUCUAGUCUUCAAGGGGUGGACCUAACAGACGUCUUUCAAGAGGUCAGACAAAAGGACCAGCUGGCUGUUCACUGUGGAAGAAUGGCAGGUCGUCUGGACAAAAUAAAAUAUGACAACGGAGAGAAGUGUAUUUCAUGUAAAGGGAAAUGGUUUACGCCCCCACAGUUUGAGAAGUUCGGAGGAAAAGGGCAUAACAAGAAGUGGAAGAGUAGCAUUUAUUACAAAGCAUCAAAUGGCCAACAAGUUAAUUUACUGAAACUCACACAAAAUGGGUGUCUUUCAGAAUUUGGACAACAGGGAAAAUCAAUUAGAGAGGUGACAAAGACAGAGUCCGGUAAAAGAUUAAUUUCCAAGACUCUGGAAAUGCCUGUGUGUCAAACUGAAGAGGGAGUAAUCCAGCUGGACUUGCUUGAGGAUGUUUUGCACAUAUUAAGCCAGGUUUCUGCUUCUAGUUUGCUAAAGAGCUUUUUUUGCCAAAGAGUUUUUAUAUGGUCAUCUACGCUGACUCUAAAAAUGUUUAAGGUUUAUGUGUGUUUUAUACCACAUGCAGACAGUUCUUCUGAUGAGUCUAUAUCUGUUGCUGAAAGAGUCAAAAUGGUGACAAAGUCCCGUAAAAGAUUGUUUUCGAAGAGACUGAAAAAAACUGAAGAGGAAAUAAUCCAGCUGGACAGUUCUACAGAUGAGUCUGUAUCUGUUGCUGAGAGAGUCAAAAAGAACAGGAGAGAAUCUGUGAUUUCAGCUGAAACUUUCAGUAAAAGGAUCCCAGGACCAGAAUCUAUUGCCCGUGCUAGAGGCAGUUCUUCAGAUGAGGUUGUAUCUGUUGCUGAAAGAGUCAAAAUGAACAGGAGAGAAUCUGUGAUUUUAGCUAAAACUGUCUGUCAAAAGAUCACAGAACUGGUAGAAUCUCCUGGCAGUGCUAGAGAUUCACCUGCAUCUCCCACUGAUGCUACAGAACCUGCAGUAUCUUCUGUCAUAGAGGAGGCCGAUCAGACCACAGAUGAAGCAGCAACAGCAGCUCAGCUGACCUUCUGUCAUUCUCCCCCUAAUGAAACUGCAGCAUCUCCUGUCGAAGAGGAGACUGAUCAGACUACAGAUGAAGCAGCGGGUGAAGCAGCAGCAACAGCAGCUCAGCUGAACUUCAGUGAUUCCCCCACUGAUGCUACAGAACCUGCAGUAUCUCCUGUCAUAGACAAGGCCGAUCAGACCACAGACGAAGCAGCAGCAACAGCAGCUCAGCUGACCUUCUGUGAUUCUCCCCCUAAUGCUACGGAACCUGCAGUAUUUCCUGUUGAAGAGGAGGCUGAUCAGACCACAGAUAAAGCAGAGGGUGAAGCAACAGCAAGAGCAGCUCAGCUGAACUUCAGUGAUUCUCCCACUGAUGCUACAGAAGCUGCAGUAUCUCCUGUUGAAGAGGAGGCUGAUGAGACCACAGAUGAAGCAGCGGGUGAAGCAGCAGCAACAGCAGCUCAGCUGAACUUCAGUGAUUCUCCCAGUGAUGCUACAGAACCUGUAGUAUCUUCUGUCAUAGAGGAGGCCGAUGAGACCACAGAUGAAGCAGUGGGUGGAGCAGCAAAAGCAGCUCAGUUGAACUUCAGUGAUUUUCCCAGUGAUGCUACAGAACCUGCAGUAUCUUCUGUCAUAGAGGAGGCCGAUGAGACCACAGAUGAAGCAACAGCAGCUCAACUGAACUUAAGUGAUUCUCCCACCGAUGCUUCAGAACCUGCAGUAUCUCCUGUCGUAGAGGAGGCUCCACAGACCAGAGAUAAAACAGUGGGUGAAACAGCAGCUGCAGCUCAGCUGAACUUCAGUAAUUCUCCUGCUGAAUCACACAAUCCUGUUGCUUCUAAAGAGACUGAGAAGACAGGCCAGAUGCAGUUACUUAAAUUUCUGGAAAAUCAGUUUAAUACAAUGAACAGCACCCUAAAAUCAAUUGAGUUGUCUUUGAAGAAGCUGGUGGAAAAACAGUCACAAAACACACAACCUCAAUAUAUCUGUCUAAUUCCUGCUGUUAUUGAAAAUGUCAAGAAGGAGCCAAUCACUGAAGGUGGGGACAGUACUGAGGAAGCAAGACUGUGAUCUGAGAGGUUAUCAAUAAAAGUAUUAUUAUUAUUAUUAUUAGAUAAUUAUUAUAAGUUUGUUUUACGUGCUUUUAAUAGCCAAGACAAUAAACACAUUUUGAUAAUCGUUCACAGUUUUUGUUACAUAAUAAAACAAAAUAUAUUGCAGCACUUUGUUGUUUUUAUAAUUUGCUGUUCAUUGCUCUGUUGUUAUUU